AACGAAGAACGACAGUGUUCAAAAUUGAUGGCUACCGAUAUCGAUAUAUGGCAGCCAGUUUCAAGGAGCAGCCCCGAUGAAUUAGAUCUCCUUGAGAAUCUGGAGUUGGAAAAGUUUCUUAAAAAGACGGGAGUAUUUGAGAGUCGGGAAGAAUCUUCUAAAAGAGUGGAAGUUCUUGGUAGAUUGGACCAGAUUGUGAAGAUGUGGGUGAAGAACAUUUGUCGUUCGAAAGGUUAUAGUGAAUCAAUAGUUGCUGAGGCGAACGCAAAGCUUUUCACCUUUGGCUCUUACCGACUCGGUGUGCAUGGGCCUGGUGCUGAUAUUGAUACAUUGUGCGUCGGACCAAAUUACGCGAGCCGUAGUGAAGAUUUCUUCGGCGGACUUCAGAAGAUGCUGUCAGAGAUGCCUGAAGUAGAAGAGCUGCAUCCUAUAACCGAGGCUUAUGUUCCAGUGAUGAAAUUCAAGUUUAACGGCGUUUCCAUCGAUCUACUAUACGCAAAUGUGUCCCUCUCCUGUAUUCCUGAAGACUUGGAUAUUUCACAAGAUUCUAUACUGCAAAACGUGGAUCCGAAGACUGUUCGUAGUCUCAAUGGCUGUAGAGUCACUGAUCUUAUACUGCGCCUCGUGCCAAAUGUUAAGAUAUUUUGUACUGCCCUAAAAUGCAUGAGGUUGUGGGCGAAGCAACGUGGGAUCUAUUCAAAUGUGUCCGGAUUCCUAGGUGGUAUUAAUUUAGCAUUGCUCGUGGCCCGAGUUUGCCAGAUGUAUCCAAAUGCUAUACCUAGCAUGUUGGUCACUCGCUUCUUCAGAGUGUACGAUCAAUGGCGGUGGCCACUUCCUGUUAUGUUGUGUCCAGUUGAAGAAGGAUCUUUAGGACUUCAAAUUUGGGACCCUCGAACGAAUUGCAUGGAUAAAUUGCAUCGCAUGCCAAUAAUAACUCCGGCAUAUCCGUCCAUGAACUCUAGCUACAACGUUUCAGCUAGUACAUUGCAAUUCAUGGUACAAGAGUUUCACAGGGGGAAUGAAAUAUGUAAGGCCAUAGAAGUAAGCAAGGGUAGCUGCUGGGAUUCUCUGUUUGAGCCGUUUGCGUUUUUCGAGGCGUACAGAAAUUAUCUUCAGAUCGACAUAGCGGCAAAGGAUGGCGUUGACUUGUUGAAUUGGAAAGGAUGGGUCGAGUCUAGGAUCCGCUUGCUUACCUUGAAAAUUGAAAGGGACACGAACGGGAUGGUACAAUGUCAUCCACACCCCGGUGAAUUUUCGGAGAAAUCGAAGCCAUUUCAGCACAACUAUUUCAUGGGCUUGCAACGGAAACAAGGGAGUGCUAAUCCUAAGGAAAACCAAUUACAAGUCGAUUUAAGAACAACAGUUGAUGAAUUUAUAAAUUACGACGUAUACGAAUACGCAUCGUGGAAGGAACGCAUGUCGAUUCAAGUAUUCCAUAUAAAGCGAAAAGAGAUACCUACUUUCGUCUUCCCUGGUGGGGUCCGCCCCUCUAAACCAAUCGGAGAGAGACACCUGUCGGUUAAAAGGUCAAGGUCACACACGACAGAUGGUACUAUUGAUACCAUAUGCAAGAAGACGAAAAGAAGUGAAAAAGCCGUACAUUUUGAUAUUAUCAGUGAGAUUCUUGGCAACUUUGAUUCCUCGCAACUGCUUCUUCUAGAAGGCCUGCGUUCGAAUAGUAGUAGUUCUAAGCCGUUGAUGGUCUUUACUGCAGAGCAAGAUUCGGGAGCUUCGAAAACGGGAAAUAGCGGAUGCAACAUUCACAUACAGCAGGAGCUUGAGGUUCAACUUCACAGAAAGAACAAGGACGACAACGAACAUCGCAUCAUGCAAGGGAUAUCCGUUACUCACCACAAACGGAUCGGAGAUGCGCACGAUACCGACGGAGUGAUGGUGGUGAAGAAAAUGGAUCUUGAUAAGAUGAUGAUGUUUGAUGACUUGGGUUUUUGUGGCGAUUUCGAUUUCGAUUUCUUCUCGUCUGCGGCGCCCAUCGUCAAAGAGCCGGACACGUGUCCUCUCCAAUCUUCGGAGCCGCCAGGUCAGCAGCAAGACCUCGCCGGCGACGAAGACUACACCGACGAUGACAUCGACAUGGACGAGCUUGAGAGAAGAAUGUGGCGGGACAAGAUGCGGCUGAAAAGGCUUAAGGAAUCGAACAGGGGCAAAGACAGCGGCGGCGGCGGUGGCGGUGGCGGCUCGGCCCUGGAUUUAGCAAAACAGAGGCAGUCCCAAGAGCAGGCCCGCCGGAAAAAAAUGUCCCGGGCCCAAGACGGGAUCCUGAAGUACAUGCUUAAAAUGAAGGCGCAAGGGUUCGUGUACGGCAUCAUACCGGAGAAGGGCAAGCCGGUCAGCGGCUCCUCCGACAACCUCCGCGAGUGGUGGAAGGAGAAGGUCCGCUUCGACCGGAACAGCCCCGCCGCCAUUUCGAAGUACCAGUCGGAGAAAUUCGUCGCCGGCAAAAACGAGACCAACAAAAAAAAAAAAAACAGGGAAAAGAAAGGUAUUGUAAGUUGUAACGGAGAAGAAGAGAAGAGAAGAGGGAAGGGAAGAGGAGAUGUGAGGCAAUUGCAUGGGAAAAAAAAAACGAGAGAAAAGGGGAAAUCAAACCCAGGUUAA